GUGCUAUGUCUCUUCCUCCUGGGAUCCCCCCACCCCACCCUGGCCCUGCCCUCCUGCAAGGAGGAGGAGUACCCGUCGGGCAACGGGUGCUGCCCCAAGUGCAGUCCAGGUUUCCACGUGAAGCAGGCCUGCGGGGAGCUGACGGGCACCGUCUGUGUGCCCUGCAUCCUGGGGACAUUCAUUACCCACCACAAUGGCCUGAGCAAGUGUCUGCCGUGCCGCGUGUGUGAUCUCGACAUGGGCCUGGUUGCCAGCCGGAACUGCUCCACGACAGAAAACACUGUGUGUGGCUGCCGCCCGGGCCACUUCUGCGACCUCGAGGAUGAGGGCCAAUGUGCUGUAUGCCGGCCUCAUGCCACCAGCACGCCUGGGCCAGGGACUGUGGGAGGCAGAUGCAGCGGGCCCAUGACUGCAGGAGGUCCUGGACCCUCCGGUGAGCUGCCUGCGUGGCUCAUCACCAUCAUUGCUGUCGUAUCCAUCUUGGCCCCCGUCAUCAUAGUCUAUACACUGUGGAAGAGGAUGGCGUCACAGGGCGACAUGGUCGUGGAGACCACCUCCGUCCAGCAGAAGAGGUGUAAAGCAGAGGACGAGGCCGUGGUCCUGGAGGCCCUGCAGGCCCGGCCGGCC